CUGCUGUGUCACCUGGACGACGCCUGCAUCAGCAACCCGUGUCAGAAAGGCUCCAACUGCGACACCAACCCGGUCAACGGAAAGGCCAUCUGCACCUGCCCCCCCGGGUACACCGGCACCGCCUGCAGCCUGGACAUAGACGAGUGCUCGCUGGGAGCCAACCCCUGCGAGCACGGCGGGCGCUGCCUGAACACCAAAGGCUCGUUCCAGUGCAAGUGUCUCCAGGGUUACGAGGGCCCGCGGUGUGAGAUGGACGUGAACGAGUGCAUGUCCAGCCCCUGCCACAACGACGCCACCUGCCUGGACCAGAUCGGAGGCUUCCACUGCAUCUGCAUGCCGGGAUACGAGGGUGUUUUCUGCCACAUCAACACGGACGAGUGCGCCAGCCAGCCCUGCCUCAACAACGGAAAAUGCGUCGACAAGAUCAACUCCUUCCACUGCGAGUGCCCCAAAGGAUACGAGGGUGUUUUCUGCCACAUCAACACGGACGAGUGCGCCAGCCAGCCCUGCCUCAACAACGGGAAGUGCGUCGACAAGAUCAACUCCUUCCACUGCGAGUGCCCCAAAGGCGUCCACUGCGAGAUCAACCUGGACGACUGCAGCCCGUCCAGCGACCCGCUGACCAACGAGCCGAAGUGCUUUAAGGGGGGGGGGUGCGUGGACCGGGUGGGGGGCUACGGCUGCGUGUGCCCGGCCGGGUACGUGGGCGAGCGCUGCGAGGGCGACGUGAACGAGUGCCUGUCCGACCCCUGCGACCCCCGGGGGGCCCACAACUGCGUCCAGCUCACCAACAGCUACCGCUGCGAGUGCAGGACCGGGUACACAGGUCAGCGCUGCGACCAGGUGUUCGACGGCUGCAAAGGCAGGCCCUGCAGGAACGGGGGCAGCUGCGCCGUGGCCAGCAACACGCCGCACGGCUUCAUCUGCAAGUGUCCACCGGGCUUCACCGGCUCCUCCUGCGAGUACGACUCCGGCUCCUGCGGCAGCCUGAGCUGCCGUAACGGGGGCACCUGCGUGUCGGGCCACCUGGGCCCGCGCUGCCUGUGCCCCCCCGCCUUCCAGGGCCCCGACUGCCCCAGCAACUUCAACGGCCUGCUGUGCCACAUCCUGGACUACUCCUUUAUCGGGGGGCUGGGCCGGGAUAUAGCUCCGCCCCCGGAGGUGGAGGUGAGCUGCGAGCUGGCGCAGUGCGACGAGCGGGCGGGGAACCACAUCUGCGACUCGCUGUGCAACAACCACGCCUGCGGCUGGGACGGGGGAGACUGCUCGCUCAACUUCGACGACCCGUGGCAGAACUGCUCGGCCGCGCUGCAGUGCUGGAGGUACUUCAACGACGGCAAGUGCGACGGCCAGUGCAACGGCCCCGGCUGCCUGUACGACGGCUUCGACUGCCAGGGCCAGGGCGGCCAGUGCAACCCCCUGUACGCCCAGUACUGUAAGGACCACUACGCGGACGGCCACUGCGACCAGGGCUGCAACAACGCGGAGUGCGAGUGGGACGGCCUGGACUGCGCCGAAAACGUCCCGGAGAAGCUGGCGGACGGCCACCUGGUGCUGGUGGUUCAAAUCCCGCCCGAUUUGCUGCGGAACCGGUCCUCCUCCUUCCUGCGCGAGCUGAGCGGCGUGCUGCACACCAACGUGGUCUUCCGCCGGGACGCCCGCGGGGAGCCCAUGGUCUUCCCCUACUACGGAAACGAGCAGGACCUGGUCCGGCACCGCGUGAUGAAGAGCAGAGCUGGACGCCAUCGCCGCCAUCGCCACGGCUACGGCCCCGUUCACACUUCCUGGGAGAACUGCGAGACCCUGCUGGCCCCCUGCAGCCCCCGCCCCUGUAAAAAUGGCGGAAUAUGUAAGGAGGCUGAAGACUACCAGAGCUUCUCUUGCAUCUGCCCCGAAGGAUGGCAAGGUCAAACCUGUGAGGUGGACAUUAACGAGUGUGUGAAAGCUCCCUGCCGUAACGGCGCCGUGUGCCUCAACACGAUGGGCGGCUACACGUGCAAAUGCCAGCCGGGCUACGCCGGCCAGAAGUGUGAGACCGACAUCGACGACUGCAAACCAAGCUUCUCGGGGACCCUGUGCCAGGUGGACAUAGAUGAGUGCGCCAGCACCCCCUGUGAGAACGGCGCCAAGUGCACCGACGGGCCCAACAAGUACACCUGCGAGUGUGCCGAAGGCUACACGGGGCAGCACUGUGAGGUGGACGUGAACGAGUGCUACUCGGACCCGUGCCACUACGGCUCCUGCCGGGACGGGCUAGCCUCCUUCUCCUGCCUGUGCCGGCCGGGCUACACCGGCCGCCUGUGCGAGACCAACAUCAACGAGUGCCUCAGCCAGCCCUGCCUAAACGGGGGCACCUGCCAGGACCGCGAGAACUCCUACGUCUGCUCCUGCCCCAAAGGGACCGCAGGCUACACGGGGCAGCACUGUGAGGUGGACGUGAACGAGUGCUACUCGGACCCGUGCCACUACGGCUCCUGCCGGGACGGGCUAGCCUCCUUCUCCUGCCUGUGCCGGCCGGGCUACACCGGCCGCCUGUGCGAGACCAACAUCAACGAGUGCCUCAGCCAGCCCUGCCUAAACGGGGGCACCUGCCAGGACCGGGAAAACUCCUACGUCUGCUCCUGCCCCAAAGGGACCGCAGGCUUUAACUGUGAGGUGGACCUGGACGACUGUAAGAGCAAACCCUGCGACUACGGCCGCUGCAUCGACAAAAUCAAUGGCUACGAGUGCGCCUGCGAGCCGGGCUACACAGGCGCGAUGUGCAACAUCAACAUCGACGACUGCGCCUCCAGGCCGUGCCAGAACGGGGGAACCUGUGUGGACGGGGUGGGCACAUUCAGCUGCGUCUGCCCCGAGGGAUACAACGACGCCACCUGCAGGUCGCAGGUGGACGAGUGCGGCAGCAACCCCUGCAUCCACGGCCGCUGCCAGGACCUCGUCAACAGCUACAAAUGCAGCUGCGACUCGGGCUGGAGCGGCCAGAACUGCGACGCCUACUUUCGUCAGGGGGUUGCCCUGCAGUACCUCGGUCGUCAUGCCGACGCCCUGGCGGCCUUCGCCUCGGGUCUGGCCCAGGACCCCAAGAGCCUGCAGCUGCUGGUGGGCAUGGUGGAGGCCGCCAUGAAGUCCCCCCUCAGAGACUCCCUGGAGCCCACCUACCGGCGGCUGCGGGGCCUGCAGCUGGACCGCAGCCCGUUCGUGGUGGUGUCGGUGGUGGGCCAGGAGCUGCUCACCCACGGGUUCCACGCCGCGGCGGGCGUGGUCCUGGAGGCGGGGCUUAGGAUCGGCACCUGCUCCCUGAAGCUGCGCGGAUCCGUGUUCUCCGCCCUGAGCGCCGCCCACUGGGCGCUGGGCAACGUGGAGAAGAGCAUGGCCUACAUGCAGCAGGACCUGGAGGUGACCAAGACCCUAGGCGACCUGCCCGGCGAGUGCCGCGCCCACGGGAACCUGGGCUCGGCCUUCUUCUCCAGGAGCAACUACCGGGAGGCGCUGGCCAGCCACAGGAAGCAGUUGGUGCUGGCCAUGAAGCUCAAGGACCGCCAGGCGGCCUCGGAGGCCCUGAGCAGCCUGGGCCACGUCUACUCCUCCAUCGGGGACUGGCCCAACGCGCUGGCCAGCCACCGGCAGUGCCUCCUGCUGGCCCGGCAGGCCGGCGCCCGGCUGGACCAGGCCCGCCAGCGGGGAAACAUGGGCGCCGUCUACACGGCCCUGGGAGACUUCCCCAACGCCGUGCAGAGCCACGAGCAGCACCUCGCCAUCGCCAAGGCCCUGGGGAACCGGCGGGAGGAGGCGCGGGCCUACAGCAACCUGGGCAGCGCCCACCACUCCCAGAGGGACUUCGACAGGGCCGUGUCCUUCCACUCCCGGGUGCUGGAACUGGCCCGGGAAAUGGACGACCGCGCCGUGGAGAUGAGGGCCUACGCCGGGCUGGGCCACGCCGCCCGCUGCAUGCAGGUGGGAGAUAGAUAG